AUGAUCCGAGAAAUCGAUGCACUUGAUGGAGUGGCUGGAAGGACAGUCGACAAAGCAGGAAUCCAAUUUCGAAUACUUAACAGAUCCAAAGGACCGGCAGUAUGGGGCCCUCGAGCCCAAAUCGAUCGCGCACUCUACAAGAAAUAUAUGCUUGAAGAAUUAUCCAACACACCUGGGCUUAGUAUUGUGGAGGGGAAGGUUGCCGAUAUAGUUAUUUCCAAGGAAAAUAUUCCAAGCUUAAACGGGUCCCAGGGCGAGAUUGUAGGUGUCAAAUUGGAAUCGGGGGAGAUGAUACCUACCCAGAAAGUAAUAAUCACGACGGGGACUUUCCUUGGGGGAGAGAUACAUAUCGGAUUGGAUGUCUUCCCUUCAGGUCGCAUGGGCGAAGCAGCUACAUUUGGCCUAAGCAAGUCUCUGCGCGAGGCGGGCUUCCAACUCGGCCGUCUCAAGACGGGAACACCACCCAGAUUAGACCGCAAGACUAUUGAUUUCAGCACGCUUGAAGUCCAGCCAGGCGACUCCCCUCCAAGCCCCUUCUCUUAUCUCAACGAUUCCGUGCAGAUUGGGGAUAAAGGUCAAUUGAACUGCUGGGCAGCUCAUACCAAUGAAGCAUCUCACGCAGUAGUGCGCGAGAACUUGAACAAGUCCAUUCAUAUCCGCGAAACUGUCAAUGGCCCACGCUACUGUCCUUCUCUUGAGUCAAAGAUCAUUAGAUUCAAAGACAAACCGAGACAUAUGAUCUGGUUAGAGCCAGAAGGGCUUGCACCAAAUGAUGUGAUUUACCCUAACGGGAUUUCCAUGACUAUUCCAGCGGAUGCUCAGGAAAAGAUGCUGCGAACCGUUCGUGGCUUGGAAAAUGUCACCAUGCUUCAACCUGGCUAUGGAGUAGAGUAUGAUUACGUUGAUCCUAGAUCAUUGCGUCCUACCCUUGAAACCAAACUUAUCAGCGGGCUGUAUCUCGCGGGUCAGAUAAAUGGCACCACCGGCUAUGAAGAGGCUGCCGCACAGGGUAUCAUAGCUGGAAUCAACGCAGGCCUGGCUUCCCAGUCAAAGCCCCCGAUGACUCUUUCCCGUGCCGACGGUUUCAUUGGCAUUAUGAUAGACGAUCUUAUUACCAAGGGAGUUUCUGAACCGUACCGGAUGUUUACCACUCGAAGUGAAUACCGCAUUUCAACACGUUCAGAUAACGCAGAUUUACGCCUAACAGCGAAGGGCCGGGCUGCUGGCGUUGUAUCUGAUAAACGCUGGCGUCAAUUCAACGAGACUAAAGAGCAGAUGUCUUACCUACAGGCACUCCUUGAAAAUACGAAAUACCCAUCUACUGUCUGGUCACGUAAAGGGUUUCCCGUCCGAACAGAUUCUUCCGUCAGGUCUGCCUUUGAACUUUUGUCACAUAAUGGGGUUUCACUUGACGAUGUUAUUCCACAUAUUGAGUCUGCGCCUGGUACCAUUCACUCCCUUUCUUCAUUUUCUCCAGAAAUUAAAUCCCGAAUGGCCAUUGAAGGCCGAUACGCGCCCUACACCAAACGGCAGGAAGCAACCGCUCUCCUAUUUGAACGGGAUGAGGGUAUGCUACUCCCUCCGGACAUUGAUUACAGCACCAUGCUCGGUUUGAGCACAGAGGAACGCCAGGUUUUAGAAAAGGUGCGGCCAGUGAGUAUUGGUAUGGCUCGCCGUGUUGAAGGUGUGACUCCGGUUGGCGCUCUGAAGCUGCUCAUGCACGUUCGCAAGUUGAGGUUGCUUGAACUUAGGAAGGACGAAUCUGCUUGCAGUAUUGCUGACCGGGACGCAAGCACAGCUAUGGCCUCUUCGCUCUGA